AUGCGUACACCCAUUGCAAUCGCUGUUGCAUGUAUAGCAGCAUUUCUUACUGUAGAUGCAGCUCCUUCUUGUGUUCAAAAGUAUACUGUUACUUCUUCAGAUAAAUCCUGUAGUUUAAUUGCCAAACAUGCACAUGUCUCUACUAGCGUAUUGCACAAAUUAAAUGCCAAUCUCAAUUCCAAGUGCAGUAAUGUCAAGCCUGGCCAAAAACUUUGUGUCAAAACAGGCACUUCCAAGCAAGCUAUCAAGAAGAAGACAACCACAAAGAAAAAGACCACUACCAAGAAGAAGGUCACCAUCAAGAAGAAGACUACUACUAAGAAGAAGACCACCACCAAAAAGAAGACUACUACCAAAAAGGCUUCCAAGAGCACAACCACUACAUCAAAGCAAAAGCCAACUAACGCUGGAAUAAAACCUACAACGACAGCUCCUACUACUACCACCACCACUACCACAACGACAUCAACAGCCGCAACGCCUACCUAUACCUACAACUAUGGUUUGACAGCUCAACUUUCCAGCGGCCAAGACUUUUGUAUUUUCUUACCCAGAAGUCCCGGAAACAAGGAAGAUAAUGGUGGUGUUGUAGAUAAGGAUGCCAUUGCAAACUCUGAAAAGAGCGCUGCUGCAUUCUGUACCAGACCUAACGUGAAGGCCCCUGGUGCUCGCACUUUGCCAGUUGGUUUCAUCAAGACUGCUCACUACUACGCUGAUGAUCAAGCUGGCUAUGUUCAGGUCACUGGUAAAUUCGAACCUUCUUUAUGGGAGCUUUCUUCCCAAGACGAAGGUGGACAGUAUGAUAACCAUGGCAGAGGUUCUCCUCCAUUGUCCAUGUGUUACGGUUAUAGAUACUAUGUAAACAUGAUUGAACCCAACGAUUCUACUUAUUGUAUCAGAUGUUGCAAGACUUACCAAGACUGUAAUGCUGGAAGAAGUGCAUAUGGCUGUAAGCGUAUUGUUCCUAAUGGCAUCUACGAAUAA